AUGGGCCAUCCUGGGAUUUGGAGGUGGACCCUGUUUGUCUGCCUGAGCUGGAUGUUUGUGCAGGCGGCAGCAGAACCGCAGUACCUGGUAGCCGUACCUUCAGAGUUAGAAGCCGGGGCUGAGACCCAAUUCUGUCUGAGUCUCCUGCAGCCCAACGAGCCUCUGCUCAUCACCGUCACGCUGACCUCCGAAGAAGAGGAGACAAUCCUUCUAAAGACGAUAUCCAGCGUGGAAUUACAUGAAUGCUAUACGUUCCAGGCUCCUUUAGUGAAGAAUUAUAAACUUCACAAUUUCAAGGUGAAGGUUGAAGGCGAUGAAUUCCUCUCGGAAGAAGUCAGGAUGGUAUGGGUCAAAGACAACGGACAGAUGACGUACGUCCAAACAGAUAAACCGCUCUACCUACCAGGACAAACAGUGCAUUUCAGAGUCUUCACUCUGGACCACAAGUUCAGACCUGCUGAUGAGCUGUACAAUACCAUCGAAAUAAUGGAUUCAAAGCAUAACCGGCUCAGGCAGUGGAUGAACACAACGUCUAAUGGAAAAAUAUUGCAGCUGUCUUACUCCUUGAACUCUGAGGCUUGUGAAGGAGAAUGGAAAGUUCAAGUUGGGAUAGGUGAAAGAAAGAUAUAUCACAUAUUCAAGGUGGAGAAAUAUGUUUUGCCAAAAUUUGAUGUAAAAAUAAAAGCGUCCAAUGAAAUAUGUGUUGGACAGGAGGAAAUCGAAGUGGAAGUCUGUGCAAAAUACACUUAUGGACCACCCGUGCCAGGAAGUGUUUCGUUUAAGACGUGCCGACCUCUGAAAUCACUCGUUAAACUUGAUAUCACAGAGCCGUGCUACAAGGAGACAAAGAAGACAGAACAGAACGGCUGUGCCAGGUUUAAUUUCGACAUGUCAACCUUCACAAAACUGGACCCAAAGGCAUUGUGGGAUAGACUGUUAAUCAACGCUGUAGUGAAAGAGGAGGGAACAGGUAUUGAACAAUCACAGGGGACAAUGAGGGAACUUUCUUAUGUGGUUGGAAAGUUGUUCUUUAUUGACACACCCAGGUUUUAUGAUAAAGGAUCAAUUGUGGAAGGAAAAGUUAAAAUGGUUACCUUCAAAAAUGAACCUGUUCCGGACAUGCCGGUCUAUUUGUUGCAUGAUCGGUGGGGGAUACAUCUGCUACAGAACCUCAUGACUGACAGCAAUGGUAUCGCCCCUUUCACACUAAAUAUGACCAACUUUGAGAACAACGUCUUUCUCAAAGCUAGCCUGAAUGAAGACCCAGAGCAAUACAGUCGCUUCAAAGGUCCACACUAUGAGACUGGAAAUCAACAACUUUCCUUGGUGUUGCCGUCUUCUCCUGAUACUAAAUCAUCCAGCUCUCUGAAAGUGAAGACAAAGAACGACCAGCUUCCCUGUGACAAAGAGGACUACUUUUCCAUCCUCUACACUUUUGUGGGAGAUACCCGAAGUGCAGUGGAUGUGAUGUAUCUGGUGUUAUCCAGAGGAAACAUUGCCAUGCAAGGACAUCAAAAGGUGGAAGUGCAAAAUGAACCCGUGACUGAUGGGAAGAUCAUCUUUACAUUGAAAGUGACUCCAGAUUUAGCACCAGAGUUCCAGGUUGUAGCUUACGCCGUCCUCCCCAAUGAGAUUGUUAUCGCCGACAGUGCUAUCUUCCAAACCGAGAAAUGCUUCAGCCACAAGGUAUCCUUGGCGUUUUCUCCAACCUCAGCAAUACCAGGAGAGGGAACUACCCUUCAGGUGUCGGCCAAUCCGGGCUCUCUGUGUGGUGUGAGUGCCGUUGACCAGAGCGUCCUUAUCGAUAAGCCAGGAAAGACUCUGGAUGCAGAGAAGAAAUUGGGGCUGAAGAUUGUAACAAAUAUGUUUACCAGGAUGCCUUCAUGUUUGAACUUCAAGGAGACAAUAUACGAUGAAAACGGUGGGAAUUCUUUCUUAAUCGAUCGCAGUGGAAUUGAUUCUCUGUGGCCCUCUGUGGUAAUCAAGUCGAUCCGCACUUUCUUCCCUGAAACUUGGAUAUGGAAACUGGUGGAAGUUGGAGAGUCUGGAUCGACAGAUUUGUCGCUCACUGUCCCGGACACCAUCACCACCUGGGAGACGGAGGCUUUCUGUUUGUCCCCUCAGGGAUUCGGCUUGGCUCCGAGAGAGACGCUCACAGUCUUCCAGCCUUUCUUCCUAGAGCUUGACCUGCCUUACUCCAUCAUCCGAGGGGAGCAGUUUGAUCUGAAGGCAACUGUCUUCAACUACCUGUCCAGCUGCAUCAUGGUCACUGUGACUCCAGCUGCCUCAACAGAUUUCACCCUCACCCCGCUCGUCGAUCAACAGUACACAUCCUGUCUGUGUGCUACCGAACGCAAAACUUUCAGAUGGACCAUGUCCCCUUCGGUCUUAGGGGUCGUGAACGUGACAAUAUCCGCUGAGGCGGUGGCCUCCCAUGUGUCAUGUGACAAUGAGAUUGUGAGCGUGCCAGACAGAGGUCGUAUCGAUGUGGUCACACGAACCCUCAUAGUGAAGGCUGAGGGAACAGAGACGACAAAAACCUUCAACUGGCUGCUCUGUCCAAAUGGGGAGGCUCUUACAGAAGAAGUAGAGCUGCAGCUUCCUGACAAUGUGAUCGAUGGAUCGGCCCGAGCUUCCCUGUCUGUGCUGGGUGACAUCAUGGGCCGGGCCCUGAAGAACCUGGAUGGACUGCUGCAGAUGCCGUAUGGAUGUGGGGAGCAGAACAUGGCUCUUCUGGCCCCCAACAUCUACAUCCUCGAGUACCUGAAGAACACACAGCAGCUGACCUACGCCAACAAGGAAAAGAUUGAGAAAUUUCUGAUGAAUGGCUAUCAGAGGCAGCUCAACUACAAGCACUAUGAUGGUUCUUACAGUGUUUUUGAAGAAGGAAAGCAGAACAGCUGGUUGACUGCUUUCGUGCUGAGAUCCUUUGUUAAAGCGAGUUCAUUUGUCUUCAUUGACACUGAAGUCGUUGAAAUGGCCAGGCGUUGGAUCGAGAGUAAACAACGAGAAAACGGCUGUUUCAAACAGUCGGGGAAACUCUUUAACAACAAGAUGAAGGGCGGUGUGUCUGAUCAAGUGACUCUCAGUGCUUACAUUACUGCGUCCCUCUUGGAGAUGAACAUAACAGGAACUCCUCUUGUUGUACAAAGAAGCUUGUCCUGCCUCAGGGAGUCCAUGGGUAACCUGAGCAACACCUACACCACAGCUCUGCUGGCGUAUGUCUUCACCCUGGCAGGAGACAUGCAGACCCGCGCUCUCCUUCUGAAACACCUCGGCACAGUGGCUAUACAGCAAGGGGAUUUACUUCACUGGUCUCAGAAUGAGGAAGAUACAUCAACCUCUCUGUCUGUGGAAAUCAGCUCUUAUGUGCUUCUGGCCUUACUCAGUGCAUCUCCUUCUGCCGAGGACCUGCGAUACUCAUCCAGCAUCGUCAGAUGGCUGACAGGACAGCAGAACCAGUACGGAGGCUUCUCCUCUACCCAG